AUGGAGAUUAGGAGAGAUAAUGAGAUUGAGGACAUCUCAAUGUCACCCCCAACAAUGGGGUCUAUGCAGAUUGCAGGGAGCAGUGGCUUUGGUCACAACCUAGAGUUCAUGUCUCAAGCAUACCUUAGAAACAGGUACUCAGAGAUUGACAUAGAAGAUGAGAGUUCUAAUACCAAUAAAGAUGGGCCUCUUCCAAUUUUUCUUAAGUUUGAAGAUGUGGAGUUUAGGGUGAGAAGCAGCAAGGCUUCUAGCAACACAGUGAAAGCAAUGGUGUCAAAAGUAGCCUCACAACUAAACAUGGAAGAUAAUUACAAGCAGAUAUUAAGGGGGAUAACAGGAAGCAUUGGGCCAGGGGAAAUUCUUGCUCUGAUGGGACCUUCUGGUAGUGGGAAAACUACUUUAUUGAAAGUGAUUGGAGGAAGAAUACUAGACAAUGUCAAAGGCAAAAUAACUUACAAUGACAUCCCAUAUAAUCAAGCUCUUAAGAGGAGGAUUGGAUUUGUGACACAAGAUGAUGUGCUGUUCCCACAAUUAACUGUGGAAGAAACUCUAGUUUUCGCUGCCUUUUUGCGGCUUCCAAGCAGCAUGAGCCGACAGCAAAAAUAUGCAAGAGUGGAGAUGAUUGUUAAGGAGCUUGGUCUUGAAAGAUGUCGUCACACACGAAUAGGUGGAGGGUUCAUCAAAGGCAUAUCAGGAGGAGAGAGGAAAAGAACCAGUAUAGGCUAUGAAAUUCUUGUUGAUCCUUCAUUGUUGUUGCUUGAUGAACCAACUUCAGGCCUUGAUUCUACCUCAGCUAAUAGACUUCUUCUGAUUCUUCAAGGACUUGCUAAGGGUGGAAGGACAAUAAUCACAACUAUCCACCAACCAUCAAGCAGAAUGUUUCAUUCAUUUGACAAACUUUUGCUGAUAUCAGAAGGUUACCCUGUGUACUAUGGAAAGGGUGCAGAGUCUUUGGAGUACUUUUCAUCUUUGAGAUUCAUCCCGGAAAUUCCCAUGAAUCCUGCAGAGUUCUUGCUUGAUUUAGCCACUGGACAAGUUAACGACAUUAGUGUUCCUGAAGAUCUCGUGGUACCUCAAGGGCAAGGGACCCUCGACUCUGAGAAGGCUGUGGUCAGGUACCUACAACUCAAAUACAAAACUCAGCUGGAGCCAAAAGAAAAAGGAGAGAAUCAUGGAACAACAAAAGUACCAGACCAUCUUCGAGUAGCUAUUCAGGCUAAAAAGGAUUGGACAAUCACCUGGUGUGAGCAGUUCAUGAUAUUGUUUAAGAGAACAUUUAGAGAGAGAUGCAGGGACUACUUUGAUAAGCUAAGACUGGUUCAAGCGGUUGGAGUUGCAGUCUUGUUGGGUCUUCUUUGGUGGAAAUCGAAGACUGACACUGAGGCUCAACUCAGAGAUCAGGUCGGCUUAAUGUUCUACAUCUGCAUUUUCUGGACAUCUUCAUCAAUUUUUGGAGCUGUAUACGUGUUUCCAUUCGAAAAAGUCUUCUUGGUCAAGGAAAGAAAAGCAGACAUGUAUAGAUUAAGUGUAUACUAUGUGUGCAGCACUCUGUGUGACAUGAUGGCACAUGUAUUCUAUCCCACCUUUUUCAUGUUGAUUGUGUAUUUCAUGGCUGGCUUUAUAAGAACAGUUCCUUGCUUCUUCCUCACAUUGUUUUCCGUAUUAUUGGUAGCUGUCACAAGCCAAGGGGCAGGAGAACUGUUUGGAGCUCUAGUUUUGAGUAUUAGGAGGGCCGGGAUGGUUGCCUCUCUGAUACUAAUGCUGUUUCUUCUCACUGGAGGCUAUUAUGUGCAGCAUAUACCGAAAUUUAUGCAGUGGUUGAAGUACUUGUCGUUUAUGUACUACGGCUUUCGACUUCUACUGAAAGUGCAGUAUUCUGGUGAUCAACUAUAUGAGUGUGAAAGCGAAGGAGGGUGUAGGUCUCUGCAGAGUUCACCUACAUUUGACAUGGUAGACUUGAAUGGAGGCAUGGAAGAAGUAUGGAUUUUGCUGGCCAUGGCAAUAGGUUACCGGAUAUGCGCCUACUUUUGCCUUCGGAGAAGAAUUAGCAUAAGCAAUAUGUGA